AUGAAGCUGCUCAUUAUCUUUGCUUGCCUGCUGGGCCUCGCACUCAGCCAUGAGGUGCUCUACACGCCUGGCUAUACCUACUAUAGCGCACCUGGACUGGCCUAUGCCCUGCCACUGGCCUACACUCGUCGCCUCAUCUCGCCGGCCCUACAGUCGCAGGUGUAUCACAGCGUGGAGACAGACAACUCCUAUCAGCAGCAGUACCGUGCCGACUACAAGCCGCUGACCUAUGAAUAUCUCUUCUGAAAAAAAGGGGGAAAUAAUUA